AUGGUUGGAAGUGCUUCCUUGGGAUUCUCCGAGCUUGUUGCUAUAGGAGCUCCCGUUGAAUAUGGUUUAAGAAAUGGCAAACUUGAGGCUAUAGAUGGAACUUCAAAUACUAAUCCAAAGAAGUUCUCUGGAGGGAGACAACAACAAUAUUCACCUCAACAGUAUGUUCAACAACCCUUUCCAUAUCAGCAGCCCUUGUAUCCCAUCCAAUACGCCCCGCAACCGUAUGUAGCUGUUGUGACGCCUGCAUUCAAUCAACAACCUACUCAGGCUUAUCAAGGGCCUCCAGUUUAUCGACCAGCUCUAGUUCAACAACGUGUCGCGGUUCCUCCAAAUUAUCAACAAGCACCAGCAGCUCCUGUCUAUCAACAGCCGAGAGCUCAAGCUCCAAGGCAAAAUGCUCAGAACCAGAAUAGGAGGCAAGGGGAUAGGGAGACAUUCAAUCCAAUCCCAAUGUCGUACACUGAGCUUUAUCCCUCCCUAUUGCAAAAGGGUUUGGUGGUUCCCAGACCUAUGGGACCUCCACCUGAUUGUCUGCCUCCAUGGUACAACCCUAAUGCACACUGUCCUUUUCAUGAAGGUGCCCCCGGGCAUGACCUAGAGGGUUGCUAUGCUUUGAAGCAUAGGGUUCGUGAGUUGAUUGACAACAAGAUCCUGUAUUUUAAAGAUAUGGGACCGAAUAUGAAGAACAAUCCUCUUCCUCCCCAUGGAGAUCCUGCAGUAAACGCCAUUGAAGAUGCCUCUAUUGGUGUUAUGGUUGAAAAUGUGGAUGAUGUCAAGACUCCUUUGGCAGCGUUCCAUGCCCGGUUGGUGGAAGCUUGUCUGAUUAAUGUUAGUCGUGAAAAUUGUGUAGAGUGUGCCACAUACCCAAAGGGGUGUCAGGUGGUACGAGAUAACAUUCAAGAUUUGAUGAAUAAAGGAGUGCUUCAGAUAUCCAGCGUUACGAAGACUAAAGAUGUGUUGGUAAUUGAACCUUGCUUCAAUUUACCCGAACUUGUUGAAAUCCCAUAUUACAAUGGUGGGGUGGUUCCGGCGAAUAGUCUGCCGUCACCUAUCGAGAUAUGUAUGCCCACGCCUUUUCCAUACGAAAGCACCAAGGUCGUACCUUGGAAAUAUGAGAUUACCGUUGUGGACAAGGUUGUUGAAGGAAGUGCAAAUGUUGAAGUGACAGGAUCUGUGAAUGAGGACAUCACCGAUAUUGCAGGAAUGAGCUGA